CAGCAGCAGCAGGAGCAGGCAGGCGGGCUGCUCGUGGGCAUUGCAGCACAGCUCGGCAGCCGGGGCGCGGAGGCGGCGGCGCGGGGGACGCGCCCAGGCUCGCGAGGCCGGGGGCAGGCUGCGCCCCUUGGAGCGCGGACCUAGCCCUUCCUCCCUCCCCUCGCCCGCAGCUCCUGUUCCUGCUCCGGCCCGGCCUGCGGAGGCUUGGGGCGCCGCUCGCUGCACUAGAACUAAUCGCGGGGGAGGUGCGCGGGCGGCGCGGGGCGGGGCGGGGCGGAGCGGGCGAUCGUCAGUCAGUCCGUCUGUCUGUCUGCGCGGGGCCGGGCCGGGGCCUCCCGCGGCCGCAGGAGCCGCCGCUGCAGCAGCCGAGCCCGGGCGAUCAAGCAUGGAAUUGUUUAGGAAAACUAAUGCAUCCUUGGAUUCCUGAAAACUCCUGAAGAAAAGGCUUUCCAGAUGGGACCACUCUCAAGCAAGCCUGCCUCCUCCAGCCUCCCUGCUGACAAAUGGUGGUGGAUUAUAGAUGAGGACACGCUGACCCAUUCGACCUUGCUGAGACAGCGGGGAGGGGCCUCCUGCUACUUGAGGGAAGCUUUGGGUCAUUUAAAGGACAAGGUCAUGAGCCAGGUGGGGAAAUGACAUGAUAUCACAUGACAAUAGCCUGAUGACACGGAUUUCGAUGUGCAGGAUGAAGACGUCAAAAGAUGAAAAAUAAGCCGAUUUCCUGGACAGGGGUGAAGAAGGCAAAUGUUUAGUAGAACUUUCUCACACUGGAGCCAUGUUCUAAGUGAUGUUCUCCUUGGAAUCUUUCAUAAAUAUUCUAUCAACAGAAUGAUAUGAGUGAAAAUUUGGUUCAUCAGUGAUGUAUGCUGGAAGAAGCCUGCUUGGAAUGUCAUAUUUUGUGUUUUUUCAGAUUAUGUGAAAAGGCUAAGACUUCUACCUGUUAUUUAUAAACUCUUUAUCUCAAUUCGGCUACAUCAAACUAAUCUUCAAAGUAAAUAGAAGAAGAGCCUUUUUGGAUAUUUUUAUUGAACAUGACUCAUGGAGAAGAGCUUGGCUCUGAGAUGCACCAGGAUUCCAUUGUUUUAACUUACCUAGAGGGAUUACUAAUGCAUCAAGCAGCAGGAGGCUCAGGUACUGCAGUUGACAAAAAGUCUAUUGGGCAUAGUGGAGAGGAUCAAAACUUUAAGAUUUCUGGAAAUAUAUUUCCCAAUUGUCAAAGUAAUGGUCCAGUUCUUAACACGAAUACAUACCAGGGAUCUGGCAUGCUGCAUCUCAAAAAAGCAAGACUAUUACAGUCUUCUGAAGACUGGAAUGCAGCAAAGAGAAGGCGGUUGUCUGAUUCCAUUGUGGAUUUAAAUGUAAAAAAAGAAGCUUUGUUAGCUGGCAUGGUUGAAAAUGUGCCUAAAGGCAAACAGGAUAGCACAUUACUUGCCUCUUUGCUUCAGUCAUUCAGCUCUAGGCUGCAAAGUGUUGCUCUGUCACAACAGAUUAGGCAGAGCCUCAAGGAACAAGGGUAUUCCCUCAGUCCUGAUUCUUUGAAAGUGGAGAAAGAUUUAAGGUGCUAUGGUGUUGCAUCUAGCCACUUGAAGACUUUGCUGAAAAAAAGCAAAACGAAAGAUCAGAAGUUAGACACCAGUCUGCCUGAUAUAACCAAGAAUCUGCCUAAAGAGAGGUUUAUAGAAUCUCCUCAUACAGUACAGAGUGGAUCCAAGGUAAUAAAUGAGCCACUGUCAUGUGCUGCAAGAUUACAAGCUGUUGCAAGCAUGGUAGAGAAAAGAUCGAGUCCUGCUGCUUCACCUAAACCCAGUGUAGCUUGCAGUCAGCUAGCUUUACUGCUUUCCAGUGAAGCUCAUUUGCAGCAAUACUCUAGGGAACAUGCUUUGAAAGCACAAAAUGCAAAUCAAAUAGCAAGUGAGAGACUUGCUGCCAUGGCCAGAUUACAAGAAAGUGCCCAGAAAGACGUUGGCCAAUUCAACCUGUCCAAAGGAAUGCCAAGCCAUCUUAAUGGUCAAAUUAGAUCAUCACCCAAAACCAUAACUAGCAAAAGCAAUAUGGCAUCCUUUCCAAGUCCAAUUGGAAUGAUUAAUUCUUCCCCCAAAAAUGUAGGAUUCAAAAGUACAUUGGAAAGAAACCAUUUAAAACAGUCUCCCAACAACAGUUUGCUUUUAUAUCUUCUUAAGAGUCAGAAUACUACUAAGCAAGAAAACGGGCAUGAGCAAAAUGAGCGAAACAGUAUGUUUGAAGAGGGUAGCACACCAACUACAAUUGAUGAGUACUCUGACAACAAUCCUAGUUUUACAGAAGAUGACAGCAGUGAUGAUGAAAGUUCCCAUUCUAAAUGUCUUCCUAUAGACUUGUCCUUCAAACAGAGGACAGCUAAACCAGAGUCUGGACAGCCUGCUUCUCUAGAUAAUCUGCCCCAGUCCUUGCUUCAUAACUGGGAUCCAAAAGUUCCAUGUCUAGAGAGCAGGGAAGAUAAAGACACUCCAAAGGGUUCUAAACUGAAUCCGCAUCAGAAAGUAACACUACUUCAGUUAUUGCUUGGCCAUAAGAGUGAAUACAAGGUGGAGAAAAAUGCUGAUCCUCAGGGACCACACAGUACAGCUGAUGUGGCAAAAUUUAUCGUACAAACUGGCAAAAGGACUCCUGGUACAGAGUGUCCCAGUGCAAACCGAAUGACUCCUUUAAGCACUCCCCCUCUACUUGUUUCUACAAAAGCAGAUUCUCCAAUCGAUCUCUCCUACCAGACUUCUCUAGCAGUGAAGCAUAAUUCACCACCAUAUGCCUACAAUAUCCAGCCAGAGAGGCUAGUGAAUACAGCAUCUAAACAUUUGAUAGAUCUUUCAAAAAAUAAAGAUCUUCAAGGACCUACGCUGAACAGAAAUGAGAUUGCUCCAAACAGUGCAUCUUUCAGUGCCAGCAAGUUGUUACAGAACUUGGCUCAGUGUGGAAUGCAGAGUCCCAUUCCAGGUGAAGAGCAACGAACUAGCAAACAGUUGCUUACAGUGAACGCAGAUAAACCUUUAGGAUUGAUUAACAGAUUGAAUAGUCCCCUGCUUACAAACAAACCAAGUACGCUUGAAGAAAACAACAAAAUAUUCAGUUGUCAGCCUGCACCCAUUGACCAAGGACUUCCUGGCUCAGAAAUAGAAAAUCUCCUGGAAAGACGCACUGUCCUUCAGUUGCUUCUGGGAACUCCCAAUAAAGGUAAAACCGAAAGGAAGGAGAGAAUGCUUUUAAAAGAUGAAACUUCACAAGAACAGACAGAUAAAGCAUUGAAUGAGCAAAUACUGACCGUGAAAAUAAAAACUGAACCCUGUGAAGAAUCAAAUAUCCCUCGUAACCCAAAUGUACAACAAAUAAGAGAGUGUAAGGGUAACACAUUUCAAGGAAUAACUCAUUCAUUGCAGAGAAAUACAGCUGCUUCUCCAGCAUCUGAAGAUUUUAAACCCGAGCCUCUUUCACCUCAAGAUUUUUCCUUUUCAAAAAAUGGCCUGUUAAGUCGUUUGCUGAGACAGAAUCAUGAUAGUUACCCUGUAGAUGAUCUGGAAAGAAAUCACAGAAAUUGUGAGUUGACACUUCUAGAAUCAAAGAGUCUUUGCACAGUUCCUAAGAAGAGAAAACUUAAUACUGAGCCUUUGGAAAGUCCAUUAAAAAAGAUCAAAAGUAAUAUGUCUGAUGCUGCAAACAAUCAUGCUUCUCCAACAGAAUCAUUGUAUGGGCCUUUGCUUAACCAGCAAGAUGUGAAAUUUAAUAGAAGCGAUCUUGAUUUUAAAUAUGCUGCAAGUCAUGGUUCAAGUAAUGAAAGUGAAAAUAGGAGUUGGUCUAGGGAUAGCAAAGGUUUUAAUGUGUUGAAACAGUUACUUCUCUCAGAAAACUGUGAGAGAGAUUUGUCACAGCAUAGGAACAGUAUAGGAACUGAGGGCAAGAAAAAAGGAAACAAAAAUAAUGUAGCUAUUAAACCUGAAUACAGCAUUUCUUCAAUAAAUGCAUUGAUGGGAAACCCUUCACAACAGAACAGUUGUGUAGACCAUAGAACAUUUCAAUACCCUGGAGCACUAAGGAGUCCUGCCAAUUCCCCCUUCCCUGAACAUUUGGGAAGUAUGUUAUCUAGACCUGAAUCUGAUCAACUUGGCGUUUGUCCCUUACCAAGCGAAAAAGGUCCUAUCAGAUGGGUUAUCACACGCAUGGACAAAAAUGAAUAUGAAAAGGACUCCCCCAGACUGACCAAAACCAAUCCAAUACUUUAUUACAUGUUACAGAAAGGAGGCAAUUCUGUUAGUAACCAAGAAGCACAUGACAGAGACACUUGGAGUGAACCUUCAUUUACAGAAAGUUCAACUCAUGUUACAAUCAAAGAGGAGUUGGUACCAGAGGCAGAACCAAAAGCUCCUUUUCAUAAUUUAAGAAGCCCUUAUAACAGCCAUAUGGGGAAUACAGCCUCCCAUCAACACUGCAUGAAUGGAGAGGUACCGGGACUUUUGGAAACAGUGCUAACAACCAAGAAAGAACCAGAAUAAAAUAGAGCCACCACAAUGAGUUUACAGUUAGUGGUUUUGAAUCUUUGUAAAAAAAUGAAAUAAAAUAAAAAUGAAUAUGAACUUGAUAAGUGUAUAAAUUGAGCAUGAUUUGAGGAAAGCAUGGCCUAAUUGAAAAAUGUUUUUAUUUGACAAAACUUUUUAUUUUCUGAUAAUGCUAUUUAAAAUACAUGUAGCUAUAUUUUGCUUUACAGUAGAUUGUCACAAGGAACUACAGAGGUUGUAAUUUGUACAAGACAUUUCUGUAUGCAUCAAACUAAGUUAUGAAUAGUCUGACUAGAGUCUUAUUUGGAGCUAAAUAUUUGGGACACGUGGAAGCAUACCACCUAUGUGGUGGGAAUGCAUUUUGCUGCAUUUCAUCCCGUCCAUUUAGUAUCUUUUGGAAACCUACGUAUAAAGAUUUGUGUAAUUUCUGAUGUUUAAUACAUUUUAUGAAGUUUUGAGGACUUUUUUUAAGAAAUAGAACAGUCUGUCCAACUUAUGAGCUCAUCAUAUUUGGAAACUUCUGACAGUGUUAAUUGGAAUGCACUGAAUGCAAUUCUUAGUGCUUCUGAUUUUUUUUUUUUUUUUAUUAUUAUUAUUUUUAAAACUUUUUUGUGGUCCUUCCAGAAUCAUGGUGCAUCUUGGGUUUUUUUUUCCUUUCUCCCACUUGAUUAUGAUAAAUGCCUUCCCCAGAACCUCUAGCAGUAGUCGUAUACAUUCUGAGUUAGGACUAAAAGUUUUUCCAGCUUUUUCUACAAAAAGCAAAAUUUCAUAUACCCAGGAAGUAAUAGAUAAGUCUGUCAGCUCUUAUAAAAAGAUGGUGGAAAUGUCUCUUAGACUUUGGGGAUAAAUAGGAAGAUGAUGUACUUCUCAGAAAACUGCCAACACUUCUGGUUAGUGAAACAAGUAGAAUGAUUUGUUCUGUGCCAUGUCACCUCUUCUUUUCAAAGGAAGAGAUGCUUCACUUAUCUAAUAUAUUUGGUAUCUGAUAGAAUAUGGUAUAAGAUUAUUGCUGUGGAAGGCAUAUUGGUUCUUCCAUUCGGCACAGAAAAAUGCAGUCUGCCAACAUGUAUUAAUCUAUGAGUAGCUAAUCACUAAUCGUUCAUAUCAUGGAAACCUGGUUUUAAAAUAAUUUUCAGGUUGCACUGAAUAUUUCAAGUUGUCAUAUUCCACAGUUAGGGGCCUACCAAGUUUGUAAAGGCUGCCCCCCAAUUUUGCAGGCAGAAAGCGGUCCCAGGCAGCUAUUUCAACCCCCCCCUCCCCCCCCAAAUGCCUCUAAUUGGCCAAGGGGCCACCCAGGGCUGAUUGGCUGUGGGGGCUGCCUGUCAUGCGGCCUUGCUCCUUGAUUCUGAUUGGUUGCAAGGGCUGUCCAUCAUGCAGCCAUGCCCCUCAAAACUGAUUGAUGGAGAGGGGCAGGGCCGCAUGACAGGCAGCCCUCUCACCCAAUCAGCAGGGAGGGCAGCAGCCAUUUUGCCAGCUGCCCUUCAAAUGGGCAGCCCUUCUCCCCUCCUGCUCCCCCACACUGGUGGACUGCCACAGCAUACCGAGGACUACUGGCUCCCUCUGGGGAACCAGCAUUUUAUUUUCAUUAAGUUGGUUUUUCUUUCCUGCAGUUUUCACAGGCAUUACCUGGAUUUUGUGGGAUUUGUGGAAUUCCAAAUUUGGUAGGUCCCUAUAAUGGAUGGUGGACUACAUCUCCAAAAUGCCCUAUCCCUUUUUCUCCUUUUUCCCCCAAACAUCUGGCACCAUCUUUUUUUCCAAAACUGAUGUGGGAGUGAAGUACAGGGGUAUUGUGGAUCAAAGCUGAGAUGUAUUGAAAGGAUCAUUUUAUGGGGUAAGCCAAGCAGCAGAUUCUUUCCCAUUGGCCAGUGUCGCCUCAGGGAGCCCCAAAUUCCCAUAGUAGAUGUUCUAAGAUGCUCUUCUUCAAAAUUAUAUUAAUGGUCAGUUACAAUAAUGCCUGCUGAACUUGCAGUAUCUACAACAGGAGCAUAUUUUCAACAGUUACUUCAGUGAGCAUUCCCUGUGACGUGAGAGAAUCUAUUUAAUAACCAAAGUGUUUAAGUAAGGAAGAUUGUAUUCUAGUAAGGAACACACAUUCUACAAUGUCCAUGAAAAAAAUUCUCUGUGGUACAAAGAGUAACAGUACAAAGAGCGGUAAAAGGAAUUUUAUUAUGUUUUCUGGGUGAUGUUUCAUCCAUUGGGCAGUAUAAAGAAUAUCUACAUUUUAAAACGGUCACAUAAAACCAUUUUAAAUUACACUGUCAUUGGCCUGACUUCUAGUUCUAUAGUAAGUUUAUGAAAAAAAAAAUUCAAGAUUUGUUUUUGUCUUUUAAAGUUGGUAGUUAUUAACAAGUAGCCAGCCCCGUAACAGUUCAGUUCUAUAACAAAGACUAUAUCAGUAAGAAUACUACAGUAGUUUUUAGAUUACAGGCAACCCCCACUUAACGCCGGUUUGCUUAGCACUAUUUUGCUAUCAUGCUCAUUUUAAAUUGAUACUUGGUUUCACUUGGCACUCAGCGAGUUUUAUUAUAAUGCUCAUGGUUGCCAUCUUAGGUCAUUAAAAACAAUUGCAGUCGCCAUCUUGGGUCGUCAAAUGCUUUUGGUUUUGCUUAAUGCUUGGUUUGUCAAGAACCAGUUAAGAGCGCUAAGUGGGGGAUGUCUGUAUAGCCAAUGAAAUUGAAUUAUUUUUAUAUGAAUUAGCCCGACAUAAAUAUUAGGGGGAAAAGAUGGCAUUUGUUCCAUCCCUGACACACAUCUCUGAAAGUCUUAAGUGAAGAUUUUUCUUGAAAUAAAAUUAUAUAGCUAAGAAGUAUAAAAUAUCUAGAAUAUUUUAUGGUCCCCAGAAUAAAUACAAGGCUGUAACUUACUUAAGGGUUUCUGCUCACAUUCAUGCAAACAGCCCCCAUCUGUGUUGGGCACAAAAGAGGAGUCAUUGGACAUUUGCUAUCAAACCAAAAUGCUGAUGAAAACAUGGAACUUUUCUGGGUUUUUUCCACCUAAUACUAGCAAAACAUGAUACAGAAGCCCUUAUGAGUGCCUUCCCACGUAUUUAUUCUGUGGUAGUCAGUUGUUAAAAUAUACACUUUAAAAUGUUUUGUUUCUAAAGUUUAUAAAACAUUUAAGUUAAAAUGUUAACAAUCUUAUCAGUUAACAAUUUAUUUUUCUUUUGAGGUGAUGUAUGUUAACAACUCUAACAUACAUCAAUGCAUUUUCAUGCAGUAAAAUUUAAUUUUAAGAUGAGCAGUCCUUAGAAAAAUCUCACCCAUUGGAAAAUUCACAACAAUGUACAACACUGUUGUGCUUUGUUACAGCAGUGCCCUUGAAAUGAGUUAGUGUACUCUGUUGGAAACCUGUUCCUGCUAAGCUGGUUGUUUAGGCAACCAUUGGAAAACGGCAUAGAAACAUAACCUUUUGCAUUAGAUUCCCUGGUGUAACACUGAUGCCAUUCUUACCUUGGAAGAAGGAGAAUUUUUAAACAUGGCUUGCCCCCAUCAUUUUGACAAUCAUGAAGCCCAUUUGAAAAAAUCAGCUGAACCCUGAAAAACCCAAGAAUCUGCUCUAAAUGAAAGAACCUCAUGGGGCUCGGCUAGAGGGGAAGAGUUUGUCAAAAUUCUCCUUGCGGACUUCUCUUUAGAAAGGGUGUAAGGGGAGCAAAAUAGCCAGCAGAGGUAGUCUUCUUGCCCCAAACACUCCCCAGUUCCUUGAAUCCAUGUAGAUCCUGUGGGAUCAAGCCAAGAUCAUGCAUACAGGGUGCAUCUACAUGUGGAAUUAAUGUGCAGCAAUAAACUGGCUCAUAUUGCGCCAGAGUUUAUUGCUCCCAGGAGCCAUGUAUACACUAGUGCCCAAGACCACAGUGCAUUGAGCAAGGUUGGAGCAGCCCCAGCUGACAGGGAGCCCCAGGGGUUAGCCUGCCAGCCUGGGGCUGCUCUGACCUGGCUCAACGUGCUGCAGAUAGGCUGGCCAGAGCAUAAGGAUGCUUCAAUGUGGGGCUAAUCUGCAGGCAACGUUCUGAAGCACCCUCAUGCCCCAGCCAGUCCCACUAGCAUCUACGUGUGCGUUGCUUAGAGUAAAAACUCCACCAUAGGGUUGUACUUGUAUUUACAAGUACUAACCUGUGGUGGAGUUGAUUGGUUUACUCCAUCCUAAUAGCACUGCAUGUAUAGACACUGAGAAAUUUACUGCAGAGCUAAUUAAGCAACUCUCCAGUAAACAUCUCAUGUAGAUGUGCCCACAGAGGCCUUAUCACAGUACUUCCUCACAGUUUUGUCUAAAACCCUGCUAUCAGGCCAUAGCCAGAAGAUGAGCAUCUCCAGUAUCCCUUCUCAGAUUCAGAGAGGGAUCUGAAAGAUGAUGCUGCUUGGAUAGGGAAAGAGUUGGGAUUACAACCCAGCCUUUAGUUCUACACAUGAGUGGAAGAAGCAAAAAUUACUAAUAUUGUGGUUAGAAGUAGUAGGAUACAUGGAGCAUGCAGGAUCGACAGGCACAGUAGGACCUGAUAAAGAUGCUAGAAGUACUAAAUGCUCAUAAAAAAGCGAGGAGCUCUCAUUGCAGUUAUAAACAUGAUGGUGUUGGCUUGGGCUUGAUUCUUUUGCAAAAAUUAAAUGUCCAUGCUUCAGUCAAAAAUGUGAUUGUAGCAUGUGUAGGCACACCUGAAUUAGCUUUAAUCUUAUCUAGUUUGGAUACCUGUAUAGCAGUGUUAGGUUCAGCAGCUCUAGCUUCAGCUGCUAAAUAUGUACGCAGAGUUUGGGGAUGCUUGUACUGCCUAUUAUGUUGAAGAUUAAAGCCUGCUCAGCCCUACAUUGCAGUCCCAUUUCUGAUGGCAGUGUAAACACAUCUGAAAUCAACAGAGGAGGAGCAAGGGAGACUGAGGAGAGCAGAACUGCAUUAUUUCUCCUUCUUAAUGGUAUGCUUAAUAAGGUAAUAUGUGACCACAGAAAGAAUCAGGGCUGUGUUCUGCUAAAUAGCUUCCUACAGAUACCACUAAACCAGAAUUUCUCUUUCAGCAGUUUAGGAACAUCAUUAAAUUGAAAGGGAAUUCAAACAUAACUUUCACUCAUUUUAGCCAUUUAUUGUUUGUAAUAUUUAAAAAAUUUUAAUUUACAAAUUUUAAAGAAUGAUUUGAAGUUUUCCCUGUUAACGUUGUCGGUGAAAGAGUAGUGCAGCUCUCAUUGACAUCAGUGAAAUGAUAUUACCAGUUUGUUCUCUGCCACAACUUACAGAGGAGUAAACUGGUAAGUAUAUAUUAUAUAUAUUUAUAAAUAUGUAAAUAUAUUGACUUGUUACACGCAUAAUAUGUUGCAAUUGGUUUUUAAAAGGUGAUGUAAAUAGUGGUUUAAUUAAUGAAAAUACCUAUUUUGUAUUGUUCUAAUGCAAAGGAAAAAACCUUUUAAUCUCGUUUGGCUUUCCGGUUUCUUUCUUUCCUUCCCCACCUUUUGUUAUGUAUAUUUCAUGUAUAAGUGUAAAUAUGAUCACAUAGAUUUAAAAACUUUUGCAUGUAUGUAUACAGUUGCAAGUCUGAAAGAAUGUAUAGAAAAUACUUUUAUUUAAAGUUGUGAUUACCUGCUGCAUGAAAAGUGCAUGGGGGACCCUGUGCAUCUGUGCAUUGGCAAAAAUGUCUUAAGUCAGGUCAGUUCAAAAAACAACAGUAUUCCAUUUCUGGACAUGACUUCUGCUGUGGUAUUUUAGCUUUGUGAAAGAAUGUGCUUCAAAUCAAAAGGGUCUGGGUGAAAAAAACUCAAAACUACUUUUAAAGCAUAAACACUCUCAACUGUACUCAGUCAUAAGUUCAGAACUCCAUUUUAAAAUACUGUUUCAAGAGUAUUUCAACACUAUAAAAUGUUGGAAUAUUGGUUGUCAUUGCUAGACAUAAGAAUUCUGGGGUUUACCACAACCAAUUUUAUUGUGAUGUGUUUUCAGUAAUAAAACUGGUCUCAUUUUUAUUAGAAAUUAAUUUCCUCAUGUGAUGUCACAAAACCGUACAUACUGCAGUGUGAAGUUUUUUAAAUCUUUCAGUGUUUACUUCCUGCAGAAGAUUUGAAUAAAUGAAAAAAAUGCAUUGUC